AUGAAGUCUCUUAUUCGUCUCUCACUCCUGCUUCUUCUGGCUGCAGUUCUGGUGCAAGGAAUGGCAACCUCCAGCAGAGGACGCUGUCUUUGUGUAACAGCUGGUGCAACUUCAAUCCACCCAAAAUAUAUUGCAAAGGUUGAAAUAUAUGGGCAAAGCAGCAGUUGUCAGCAAAUCGAAGUGAUUGUCACACUGAGAGGGAACGGGCAAAGAAAAUGUCUGAACAGCAAAUCCAAGCAAGCAUCACGCCUGAUACAGAAAUUCUUGAGGAGAAGUAAGUAA